AUGGAUGACUACCCGAACAUAACUGUCCCACAGUGUGGUAUCGGUCGACAAUCAUUGCUGUCAAACGGCAAUUGUUUUCAAUGGUUUCAAUCCAAUCAAAGUCUAAUACCACCGCAUGAACUGAAUAAUGGACGCAAUGCAGGACCGGCUGAAGUGCCGUUUGCCGUAUGGAUUCAGCGCACGGAUAGAGUUUAUGGAUCGGGUGUUAUAAUAAAUAGACGAUGGAUACUGACAGCCGCUCAUGUAGUUUUCCAAAUUCGUGUUAGUGAUAUAAAAAUCUACCCGGGCAAAUUAUUUAUCAAUAUAAACGGCUAUAACGAUGAUGGUUAUGAUGUUGAAAAAACAGUUAUCCAACCUUAUUAUGAAUCUAAUCAGCAUCCGGCUACAGAUCUGGCACUGGUCAAACUAACAGUUGACUUACCGCUUAUUGAUACAAACGUUGGACUACUACUACAUCCAUAUCGGACACUAAACGGUAUUUGUUUGCCAAUGGCUAACCAACACAAUGAUAGGGAUGAGUUGGCAUUGAUGGCCGGUUACGGUAAAGUAACCGAUACUAAUAGAAGCGAUAGACUACGUAUGGGUUAUAUUAGGAUUAGGGCAGCCGUACGUAAUGAGACAGACUAUUGGCGUAUAGUUAUACUCGGCCAACGAUAUCCUCAAUAUAACGGCACCUUUUCAUGUCCGGGUGAUUCUGGUGCUCCAUUGUAUCAGUAUGUAAACGGUAGGGCCGUAUUGAUUGGCAUACAUCAGGGGAUUAAUGAUGGCUAUUGGAUAAAGUGUCAUGAAAUCAAUGAUUAUGUUUUUGGUGUAUUUCCUAGGGUUUCAUAUUUUACUGAAUGGAUUUCUGAUACUAUUAACAAAAAUUAA